GUAAAAUAAUAAAAACGUAUGAUUUGUUGAAUUCGAUAUUUCUAAAUUGAACUGGAAUCGAAAAUAUUUGCAGCACCUUUUCAUGAAUUGCAUGUUAAAGCUGACAAAGAACUACAAAAAAUGGAUGUAAUUGAGAAAUUACGAGGCAAAACAUUCGAUCUGGAAGAGGAGAAAGAGAAAAAACAUACAAUUUUAACCCAACUAGUCAAGGAAAGUUAUGACAAUAUGGGUUUAGGACUGCCCUCAGAUUUUAUAUCUAAAAGACAGCAAAAACAAAGGGUAAAUGAACAGAGGCAGAAACCAAAAAAUGUUGUAAGAAUUCAAAAAUAUUAUGGUGACUCAUACGAUGGACGUCGUUAUGGAGAAGACGAGGAAAGGGAGUUCGUGAGCGUCGAUAAUAGGAGGAAAGUUUCUUCGAAUAUUAUUCCGGAAUUGGUGAAAGACCUAGGCAAGAAUGAAUUUUAUUGCCAAUUAUGUGACGUAAGAAUGAAUGGCACGCAAAGUUUUGAAGCACAUACCAAAGGAACGAAGCACUUUAAAAAAAUGAAAAGGACGAAAGAAAACAAUUUAGCAAUGGCACAACUACCAUGUCUAAAUUUUCCAACGCUUCCAGAAAAAUCUGGUUCCAACCAAAAUACCACUAAGUCUUUGGUUAAUUUCCCCCCACUAGAACAAAAGAAAAUUGCCGAACAGCCAAACAUGGAAACUAAGUUGAGCCUAAUUGAACAGCCUUUGAUUGGCUUGCAAUUUGUAGUGGAAUACUAUUAUGAGGGAGACAUAACAAGUGGGCCCAAAUACUUUUGUGAGUUGUGUGACAAAAAGUGUGACAUGCGAACACUCGAAUUUCAUAUUAUCGGAUACAAUCACCGAUGGUCAUAUAUAAAAUUGAAAUACACUUAUUAUGCUGACGAAAUCCGAGAGUAUGGAGCAAGAAAGCAAGAUAGAACGGAAGCCAUUGAAGAAUAUUCAACUAGAAUCGAGUUAGAAGAAAACUGUUCUAGAAAAAUAAAAAAAUCAAUGAUGGUCCCCACAAAAAAGUUCUUGACUGUCGAAGAUGCAAUGAAUUGUUCGGGCAUGGUUCAGCCUAACAAAUCUGCGGAAAAGAUGAAGAUUCAAACGUUAAGUUCUAGCAAUAAUACGUUAGACAAAGAAAAGAACGAUGGUCCUAGUCAGCAAUUAGAUUUGGUCAACCAUUUCUUAACCAAAGUAUCCAAGGAUAGAACUGUAGAUGUAAAAUUCCAUCAUCACACUCAUAAUUAUGGGGAUAUCGACAAUUCUCGUAUUCUGUCUCCCAUCAAAUCCAAAAAAAAAUCACGCAACUCUCGCUCAAAUGUUGCUCAGUCAUGGCAAGUUGAAAUAGCAAAUAGGCAUAUAUUACCUCAAUUGCCUUCAAUUAAAUUACCCUCUAUUAUUCAACCCAUACCUUCGAUUUUGGUGGAAGAAGCAGUGGAUCAACAAGAAUUAAGAGAGUAUAUACAAUAUAAACGGUUGAAGAGGAAAUUUGAUACAUUAGCUGGACCAUCCGGAAGCAUUCCUCCUCCUCGUGAUUAUUAUACAACACCUAAUCAUAAUAUCAAUCUGAAUAGAAAUGAUACAUACCAUCGUAAUUAUAAUAAUGAUCAGCCAAACGAAUCUUAUAACAAUUGCAAGAAUAUCAAUAACAUGAAUCAAACAAAUGCCGUGAUGGAGCAAUUUCUUUCUAAAUUUGCCCCCUCUCGUAUUGAAAGCAACAGUCGUAGUGAGAAUUUGGCAACUCACGACUUUAUUUACGAUCCAAGACCGAAUUUGAAUUCACUACCAUCAAAUGAAUGUUCCAUUCCUGCACAUAGCAGAGCUUAUCCUCCGCCUCCUUUGCAAAUGAUCUCUAAUCCAUAUUACACUACCAAUAAUCGAUUCAUGAGGGGCGUGAUGAACAACCUCGUGGAAUCAGCCACCCAAAAAAAUACGAACACACAAUUAGCAACACCCUCCGGCCUAAAUCGCAAUAUCAAUGCAAACCAAUAUCUAAGAACAGGCCCAGAAGUAUGUGAUUCAAAAUGGUAUAGUUUAAAAGGAAGUAUGCCAACUCCUGAAUAUAUAGGGGCACUCCGUAGUAACACAUAUUCCUCAUUUGUUAAUUCAAGAGAAAGGAUCAAUCAAAAGAUCGAUGACUAUAUCAAAACCUUAAUUAAAAAAGGCGGAGCAUCAAGACGGCAAUAAUUUUUUCUUUGGAAAUUUGUUUAAAAAAAUGAAUUUAAGUUGAUAGCAAAAAUUGUUGAAUUUAUUAAAUGUUUAUAUUCUCAAAAAUUUUUCCAUGAUUUUUUGUGCGAGAUAUUAUCCUUUAUAAACUU